AGAAAAGGUUAAAAAAUAAAUAAAAAAUUAAAAACCCGGGCAAAAUUCACAGUCACACCAAAUAAACAUGGCCGCCUCCCCGCCGUCGGACGUGUGUGUGAAAAACACGGACGAAGAAAUGAAUAAUGUCACGGACACGGACGAGGGCUCGGCCACGGAGAGUGGACGUGGACACGAGAGUGAGGACGUGCGGAAAACGGAACCAGAAACAGAGGACACGUUUAAGAAACCGACUCUCUUCGCGGCGCCUUCACUCACCAGCAAACGCAGCAGCAGCAGCGUCGCUCCGUCCAAAACAGCCGAAACUAAACCUGCGACAGAAAACAGCGACGCUGAGACAGAAAACACUACCACGGAGGAUUGUUCCGGACCUGUGGAUGCAAACAAACCCGACGAGAAGCGACAAGAAGCGGACAAAAAGGUCGUUAGAGACAAACAUGCGGCUCCUGUCAAACACAGGGUGCUCCCUCCUAAAGGGCCCCCGGCUGGUAAGUUCCCCCCUCUCCCGUACUCGGAGCCACCCUGGGGCGGCAACGCUCCGGAUGUCGACUACGCUUUGGAAAUCCUUAAAAACGGCACCAUAGUGGACACGGUGCCGCUCACGCACAGAAGUUACUUCGUGGUCGGGAGGUUACCUGUGUGUGACGUCACUCUGGAGCAUCCCUCCAUCUCCAGGUACCACGCAGUGAUCCAGUACCGGGGACAGGCUGGAGAGGGGGAGUCCGUGGGAGAGGAGAGCGGCUUUUACGUCCACGACCUGGGCAGCACGCACGGCACCGUGGUGAACAAGAACAAGAUCCCGCCAAAGACUUACAUCAGACUGCGCGUGGGACAUGUUUUAAAGUUUGGUGGGAGCACGAGGCUUUUUAUCCUGCAGGGUCCAGAUUUUGAUGAGGAAGAGGAGUCUGAUCUAACAGUGACGGAGCUGAGGGAGCGAGCACGAAAACAGAGGGCCGAGCUGGAGAAGAGGAUGAUGGGAGAGGGCUCUGAUGAUGAGGAGGAGGAAGAGAAGGAGAAGGAGAAGGAGGAGGGCGAAAGCAACAAAAGCCAGAGCAAAGCGUCGACUGAAGACUCGGGAUGCUCGUGGGGAAUGGCUGAGGAGGCCGUUCUGGAGGAAGACGAGAACGAGGAAAACCCUUUUUCAACAGAGUUUCACGAGGACCAGGAAGCCGCCUACCUGAAAGACCCAAAGAAGGCUUUGCAGGGCUUCUACGACAGAGAAGGAGAGGAGCUGGAGUUUGAGUAUGAAGACAAAAGCCAUGGCUGCUGGCUUUGCAGAAUAAAGCUUCCAGUGGACGAUGCCAUGGGCCGACAGCUGGUCGCUGAGGUGACCCACACAGGGAAGAAGAAAGAAGCAGCCAUCCAGUGCUGCCUGGAGGCCUGUCGGAUGCUGGAAGCCAGAGGGCUGCUGCGCCAGGAAGCAGUGUCCCGUAAACGCAAGAAGAAGAACUGGGAAGAUGAGGAUUACUACGACAGCGACGAUGACACCUUCCUGGAUCGAACCGGCACCGUGGAGAAGAAGAGGCAGGAGAGAAUGAAAAAAGCGGGAAAGAUCGAGGAGCGGCCUGAGACCUAUGAAUCAUUGGUGGUCAAACUGUCAGAGGUGGAGAAGGAGCUGGCAGAGACUCAGAAAAAGCUCAGUGCUGACAGAGGAGGCUCCUCCAGCUCGUCCACCGAGGACCCGCUGGAUGCUUUCAUGACAGCAGUGCGAAGCGAGGCAGCGAUGGACGCCGUGGAGCGCAGGAAGCUCCACGUGCACGUAGCCGACUUGCGCAAAGACGCCCAGAGGCUUCGCAAACUGGUCGAACUCACACGGCCCGCCCAGAUGCCCUCACUGCUGCCGAGUGGUAGCUCAGAGACGGAGAAGCCUAAAAAGACCUUACCGCUGUUUGGAGCCAUGAAGGGAGGAAGCAAAUUCAAACUGAAGACUGGUACCAUCGGGAAGUUGCCCCCGAAGCGUCCCAACUUGCCCGCAGAGCUCUUCGACAUGAAAGCGCUUUCAGGCGGUGGAGGAGAAGAAGAAGAAGAGGAGGAGGAGGAAGAAGAAGAAGUGGAGGAGGUGGAGAAAAAUGAGGAUAAUGAUGAUGAAGAGUGCGCGAAUAUCACAGAGAUGCACGUUGACCCUGAAGAGUCCGGUGCAUCCGUUUCUCAAGAGAGGACGUCCUCGGGGCAGCAAAGACGGGAACCAGCUCAAGAGCCAAAAGAGCAAAGCCACAAACACAGUCGAGGUGAGGAGCUUCCUCAGCGCAGCUGCAAUAACAAGGCCGUGGCCACGUCGUGUCCAGGGUCCAAAUCACAAGGUGACAAAGAGGCAACAGCAGAGCCCAGUCCCAGAAAGAAUGGGAAGAAGAAAGUGAUGGGUCCCAGCAGACCACCGGUGCAGCUCUCUGGACAGUAUCCAGAGGACGACCCUGAUUAUUGUGUUUGGAUGCCUCCUGCAGGACAGACUGGAGAUGGCCGCACGGCCCUAAACGACAAGUACGGCUACUGAGGUGUCGCGCCUCCACUCCACCAGCUUUUACACCGCAGAUAAUACCUGCAACACAAAGCCUCCAGCCCUCCUUAGCCCCGACCGCUAACCCCCUUCAUCCAUCCCAGUUCCCUGUGUGUGUGGUUCAGUUUAGAGGAGCCUGUUACAGAGCUACAGAGAUAUUUGCAUUCUCAGACUGCCAUAAACUCAAAGCACACCAUCUCACAUUAAAACUGGCAAACUUGAGGAAUCGCCCUCCCCUCCCCUCUUCACGGAGCAGACACUGGGCAGUCAGCCCGCUGGCACUUUUCACCCGGGACAAUAAUAGAAAUGGGUAGCACUUGAAUUUUUUUUUUUUUUUUUUUUGUCCUUCUUUAUUUGAAUCCUAUAUCAUCCAAGCAGAAAAUAGAAAGGGACAGAGCAGGAGCAGUAACUGAUCUGAGUUCAGCUUUCUGCUGUUUGGCUGCUCCUCUUGCAGAUAAGUCCACCUGACAUCCAAUCUGUAUCCUUCCCCUAUUUGGCUCCAGUCGAUCACUGGCAUAACCUUAUUUUUUAUUUUUAUUUUUUCAAAAGGAGAGUGUGUAGCAAGAAGGGAGGGAGAGAGAGCAUUGAAGCAGCUUUUCUGACCAUCUGGACACUUGGAUGGCUUACUGGAUGAAACGCAAGCUGAUAAUGACUCAAGCUAAGUGGAGUGUGUGUCUCCGUCUACACCGAUACACACACACACACACACACACACACACACACACACACACACACACAGUCCAACCUUCUCAAAGUUCUCUUUUUAACAAGAUCGUCUUCAUGAGCGAGUCAGCUAUCGGUGUGUGUUUGCCUAGAGCAGGAUUCCUCGCUCUGUGAAAUCCCACUCAGUGCUGUUCUGCUGGUUUACCGCCAUACUUUCCACCCUCUUUUCUCAGAACACAAAGUAAAGAAAUGUAAACUGUAUUUUCUUAUAUAAAUGUAUAAUAAAAUUGUCUGUACAUAA